AUGUCGAAAGCAAAGCUUACUUGGGAAGCAGCGCGCAAAGCAUACGAAGAGCUCGAAACGGCUGGUGACUUCAAACCACCAUCUGGCGACAUCGUGGCAGCUGCUAUAGCAUUCAGUGUUAUGAUCGCGUUCGAAUACCGACCGCGGAAAAAGGAUGAACCGUUCGUACCUGAACUGUUUGUCAAGGAUAUGCUUGGGGAUUGUGCGGCGACGCAAAUCGACGCUUUGUUAGAUCGGAAAGGGUGGCAUCACUUGGAUAGGGAUAAAUUGAAGCGAACGGCUGCAAUGCAUGUUGGGGACCUGUACUGA